UCUGUUUUCUCAUACAAAAUUCUUUUUCUACAACCUCCGAAGAGAUAUUUGAACAUUUUAACUAAGUGAUCAUUUUCUUUCAUUCCCCACUAAACCAAACUAUGACGACUUUGGAGCUUCGAGUCCAUAUGGAUUGUCCCGGUUGUGAAAGCAAAGUUCGAACUUCACUCCAAAAUUUAAAAGGUGUGGACAGCGUUGAAAUCGACAUGUCGUUACAGAAAGUGACGGUGAUCGGGUGGGCGGAGCAAAAGAAAGUACUAAAAGUGGCCAGAAAAAACGGGCGUCGAGCGGAGCUUUGGCAGUUACCCUACAACCCAGAGCACGAUAACUGCAGUGAUCCCUAUCCCCAACAUCAGUUAAAUGGGCCAAUUCAAAACUUCUAUGGGCCUCAGCCCACUUCCACUUACAACUAUUAUAAGCAUGGGUACGAUAGUCACGAUCAGGCCCAUCAUCUGAAUUACUCCACACAUUCCAACAUCUUCGGCCGCCAAACUGGCUCCGUUUUUAGCGACGAAAAUGUCAAUAAUUGCUCUAUUAUGUAAUAUAUUUCUUAUAAACCUAAACAUUAAUCAUCUAUCCAUUUAAAUCUUGCAUUUUAUACUUUUUUUUCUUUCUUUGGUGUAAAAUUUAUAAUUGUAUUAAUAAAGUUUAGAAGGUAUCGAUAAGGCAUCAAUGAAACUAGGUUGUGUUGUUAAUGGA